UUGGGGGAAUUUUUUUGAUCUAGAACAUUAACGAUCAACCCGCCCAUUUCCUCUUCACAUAACUCACGCCCGACAGUUCCAAGAUGUCGAAGGCGCGCUCGGCUGCCGCUGGCGCUGACCAGAUGGUUAGGCUCAUAGUGGAAGCUGGAAAAGCUUCCCCUAGUCCUCCAGUUGGUCCUGCGCUUGGAAGUAAAGGUGUUAAGUCUAUGGAUUUCUGCAAGGAAUUCAAUGCGCGAACGGCACACAUCAUACAAGGGACGCCUAUGCCGACCCGAGUAACGGUACGAGCAGACAGAUCAUUCCAUUUCGACGUUCGAACACCACAGACUUCGUGGCUCCUCAAGAAUGCGGCAGAUCUACCAGUCAGUAAGAAGGGGAAGAAAAAAGCUGCGAGCCAGCCGGGACACGAAAUAGUAGGCACGGUUACUCUAAAACAUAUUUACGAAAUUGCCAAGAUAAAGCAGACCGAACUACGGCUCUCCGGUCUUCCGCUAGAGGGUCUUUGCAGGGCCGUUAUUUACCAGGCCAAGUCAAUGGGUAUCGCUGUUGUCGCAUAAACGGAGGGCGAUCCCGAUUUAGUCGCCUUUUGUAACAUCAUGCGUUAGAGCGAACGGGACGGGGUUGAUUAUCGAGUUCGGACCCUCUGUUAUGCUUGUACAAGCGAGCUUUUGGCAUGUAUCACCAAAACUGCACGAAAUAUACGGAUCAAACGCAGAGUUCCUGAUGUGCGCCUGCAUGUGGUGCCUAAUGCGACGGAAACGUUGGAAAUUGCCUCCCCGAAUCUUGCGACGAUCGGGAGUCUUAGAGACUUCCGCAGAAAGAUAAGGUAUUGCUGCACUCUGGCGUCUACUAAUAUGUCGCUCCCUCAGGAAAAUUUUGUAAUAGUCUAUACCAGAAUUGACAAUCUAUAAAAAGGGCUACAUGGAAAUUAUAUCGUUGGUUGCUUAUUAGGUGAAAAGUAGUUAGAAUUACCUACCUCUCUAUGUAUGAGGGUAGUAUUGGUGCUCCAAGACAGUUGUCAAUGUGCUACCUACCUAAGCUAUAAAGCGAUCUCGGUUUGGCUUACACAAACUUGAAGAGGCAUCGAUGAGGCGAAAAGUCCAGAUCUUCAGGUUUAGAGAAAUCUCAUCGAAUGAUGUACCAAUUGAAGAAGUAUUUAUCCUAUUGGAUAUAUAAAUGUUAGUUAAAAAAGAAUCGAAGCAAUUAUCAAUGUGUACAUCCUCGAGAUAC